AUGGUGGUGGAUGCAUUAGCAAAUGGGGCUCUUCUCUCUAAGUCUUAUAAUCAGGCUUAUGAAAUUCUUGAGACAAUUGGAACCAACAACUAUCAGUGGUCAUCUUCUAGAGCUCAAACAGGUAAAAAGGUAGCUGGAAUCUAUGACGUGGACUCUAUAACUUCGAUGAAGGCUCAACUAGCAUCUAUGGAGCAUAUGCUCAAGAAUCUGAGCAUGGGCAGUAAUCAAUCUAAGGAGCAAUCCCUCAGUUCACAGAUUAAUCAAACCAAGAAUAUUUCUUGUGUAUUUUGCGGUGAGGCUCAUACUUAUGAUAGUUGUCCUUCUAAUCCAGAAUCUGUCUUUUACAUGGGAAAUCAAAAUAAGGGUGGCCUUUACUCGAAUACUUACAAUCAGUCAUGGAGGCAACAUCCUAAUUUUUCUUGGAACAAUCAAGGGGAGUACAUCAUCAAGAAUGAAGCUAGUAGAUCUCAGACUGAAGCUCUGGUCCAAAGUCAAGCAGCAUCCUUAAGAAACUUGGAAAAUCAAGUUGGGCAACUAGCGAAUGAGCUAAGAAAUAGACCACAUGGCACUCUCCCUAGCGACACCGAAAAGCCUAAGGGUGUUGGGAAUGAGCAUUGUAAAGCCAUGACACUGAAAAGCGGAAAAGUUUUAGGGAACAAUGCUACUGAUGCCAAACAUGAUGAUUAUGUUGAACCUAGUGGCAAUGAGGAAAUUUCUGAUGAUAAAGAAAGCGAUAAUGACAAGGUAUCUCCACUAAGGGCUUCUCCUGAAAAAUCGCACAUUCAGCCACAACCUCCAUUUCCCCAACGGUUUCAAAAGAAAAAACAGGAUGUUCAGUUCAAGAAAUUUCUUGAUGUUUUGAAGCAGCUUCACAUCAAUAUUCCACUUGUAGAGGCUCUUGAGCAGAUGCCUAAUUACGUGAAAUUCAUGAAAGACAUUCUUACAAAGAAGAGAAGGCUGGGGGAGUUUGAAACUGUAGCUCUAACGAAGUAG